UUGCGCUCUCACCUGCAGGCCAUGGACGCCUCUCCGCAGCCCGGGCCCUGCGCCAGCCCCGGCAACCCCGUCUUCUCCUGCAUGCUGAAGGGCGCCACGCUCACCACCGCCCACAAGGCCCAGCUGCUGCUCUACAGGACCACCUCCGGGGACUACGGGGCUGUGCCCCUCACCGCACCCCUGGCCCCCUGCCGCUACCACCCCCGGGACAACGCCUUCACGGACCACCUGCUUGCUUGCGGCAAGGCGCACUACAGCGGCAUUAACACCAGCCUGGACAAAAGCAGGGUGGAUGACAACACCGAUAUUAUAAACCUUUCAUGAGGAGCCCCUCUGCGCCACCUUCUAUCAGAAGCCCCCCCCCCCCCCCGUUUAGCUUUAGCUGUUCAUUUGCCACGCAAAGUAAAUCUACUUGAGAUUGGAAA